AUGGAAGAUAUCUCUCACACUCCCCCACCUGACCGCGGUGUCACUCCUCCCCCCUCCGUAGGCUUCAGUAACCCUCGCGAACUUGCCUUCUACUGCAUUGGCACCCUUCUCGACCUCUGCACGCAGUACCGCCGUACUCUCGACCGCGUCGAAUCCACCCGCCUCCUCAACAACGCAAAAGCCUCUCGCCAUUUAGGUGUUGCCCUCGACCCAGCAUUUCACGUCCCCUCAGGGAAAACGCUCAAGUGGCUGACCGCUGCGCAGCUACGCCUCUGGAACGCCACAAAGGCAAUGCUCCUCUCUUGCACAUACCGCGAGCGUCCUGAGCGCAGCUUUGCGCAUGCCCUCGGCCGCUCAGAGGCCGUCCAGAAGCGCCUAAGGAAGCUGAUACUCGGUGAUGUGAUACGUGAGGGGGAUGCGCUAUGGCAGUUUGAUGGCACGGAAUUGUCCCUGGCGGAGGCACUUGAGCCGUUUAAGGACCUCGAGCCGGGCAGUGUUCGGUGGAUUGAGGGUGCGGCGAUGAGGCAGGUCAAGGAUGAGUAUGCCCACAAGGCGAAGGCGAUGAAGAAGGCAUUCUAUAAGGAGAGGAGGGAGCAUCUGGCGACGAAGAGGAAGAUGUUGACGAACGAGAUUGAGGGGCUGAGUAAACUCGCCGAGGCGUAUAGGGAGGUUGCGAGGCUGAAGGAGAAGUACGAGUUUGGUUUUAACCCCGAGGAUGACUAUCUGCAGCGGCAGCAGAUAGCUGAUGCUUUGCACCAGAAGCAGAUCCAUGAGGCUGAGCUGCCGCAGACAGAUAGUGAGGCGGCGGUAUCGGAAGAUGGAAAGCCCGAGCCAACCGCAGACGAACCCAGUUUAGGCCGAUCUCUAUCCAGAAGCAAGAGAAAACGCGAGCAAAACAGUUCAGGGUCAGAGACAGGCACUCUUGCCAGCGCCCUCAGGGGUGCGUCGGUUGGCCCGGAUGCAGAGAAAUGA